AUGAAGUGCUUUCUCUAUUGCCUAUAUUUCUAUCAAUUUGCCGAUGCUUUGCGUAAAGCAAAAGACUUUGAGAGUCAAUUGUACGAGGAUCUUCUCUAUGACUACAAUCGCAUUCCCAGACCCGUCAGGAAUAGCUCCGAUAUUUUGACUGUUGAUGUCGGGGCGUCCUUGAUUCGAAUCAUUGAUGUGGAUGAAAAGAACCAGGUCCUCACCACGAAUCUAUGGCUCGAAAUGCAAUGGUAUGACUCAAAACUCGUGUGGAAUCCGGACAAGUAUGGGGGUAUCAAAAAGCUGCACAUUCCGAGCGAAUUCCUUUGGACUCCAGACUUGGUGUUGUACAACAAUGCUGCCGGGGACCCAGACAUCACCAUUCUCACCGAUGCCCUUGUCACUCACGAGGGUCGAGUUUUCUGGCAACCUCCCGCUAUCUACAAAUCAUUUUGCCCAAUUGAUGUCACUUGGUUUCCGUACGAUGAGCAGAACUGCAGCAUGAAAUUCGGCACUUGGACGUACACGGGUAAAUAUGUCGACUUGAGACAACUUCCAAAAGAAAAAGUACACAUCACGAUUGAUGACAAAAAUGAUGAGGUUGAGCAUUUGGCGCUUGGGAUGGAUCUCUCGUUUUUCUACAGUUCUGCUGAAUGGGACCUCCUAUCGUUGAAAUCGAAAAGACAAGCCGUCCUCUACGCCUCAUGUUGUGGACCAGAAAAAUACAUCGAUAUCACGUACGAGUUUCUAUUGAGACGAAAAACCCUUUUCUUCACGUGCAAUCUCAUCGUUCCCUGUUUUCUCAUCUCCAUUCUCACCACUUUCGUCUUUUAUCUAUCCGAUCACAAAAUCACCUUCUCGAUCUCGAUUCUCGUCACGUUGACUGUGUUUUUCUUGGUGUUGAUCGAUUUAAUGCCUCCAACAUCGCUUGUCAUUCCAAUGUUCGGUCGUUAUUUGAUCACCACAAUGAUCCUCGUCGCUUUGUCCACUGCGGUUUCCGUUGUGACAGUGAAUUUCCGUUUCCGAUCGGGUUCAGCUCAUCGAAUGUCCCCAUGGAUUCGAACGCUCUUUCUGCAGUGGUUACCCAUAAUUCUGAUGAUGAGGAGACCGAAAAAGCAGGAAAGUGAGGUGAAGCCACCGGCUUUGGUUGACCCGGCGAGUCUUGUUGGAGCUAAAUAUCGAGAAGAAGAGAAAGUGGCUCGAAGUUUGCUUCGAGAAAGCAAGAAGAAGGCACAGAACAACAAAGCCUAUCCAGGGAUGAGAAUGACCGAUUUGAGAUUGAACGAGGCUGAGACAAGACUUUUCCCGCCUGAAGAGAAAUUGGCUCCAACAGUGGCUUUUAAGAAACCAAGAAAGAAAGCGAAUCAAAUGAAUGACGCCAUUUUCUUCAAUCUCCUUCAACAGGUUCGAUUCAUCGCCGAGCAUUUCAUGCACAACGAGAAAGAAGCUGAGAUCUCCGACGAUUGGACCUUUGUUGCAAUGGUGUUAGACCGGCUCUUCUUGGUGAUUUUCUCGGUGCUAAACGUGGCCACCACUUUCAUAAUUCUACGGGCUCCUUCCUUAUGGGAUGAUCGAGAGGCGCUCGAGCAAAAGGAGGGACCGAUCAAGCCGCUAGGGAUGGCGAAUAUCAUUACCAGUUAUGGGGCCCCACUUCGA